AUGGCCAACGAUCGCAAGUCGACGGUCUCCUCCUUCUACGGCAGCCGCCGCUCCAACGAUGUCCUCAGCUCCGACUUCCCACCCCCAGCCGGCCAGCAGCGCGCACGGGUCGAGUCCACCAACUCGUUUUAUGGACCCAACCGCAACUCUCGCGCCGAUAUGUACGACGCCGCAACAGCCGGGUAUAACCAGCACUCGUACCCAGAUCAGGGACGCACGGAGCCAGUGAAGGGUGGAGACGAAGAGGCGGCAUGGGAUGUCUACGCGGACUUCAACAACGCUGGACCGAGGUAUUCGGCAGCGUUUGGUAUGGGUGACAACGGGUACCGCCAGGUGCCCUCGCCCACACCAUAUAGCCCCCAGACGUCUGCAUACGGCAAGCAAUCCGCGGCGUCCCUCAGCGGUGCCCACGGAGCCGCCGGAAAUGUGGAGAUGGUCACUUGGAAGGCGGAAGAGCUGCGGGGAAUGUCAAAGAAAGCAAAAAGGGAGGAAAAACUUGACAAGGCGGCGACAAAGUGGAAGGCGUGGAAUCGAGGAGAGUCGGGACUGUGCGGGUCCCACUUCACGAGGAGAUUCACGGCAUGGUUCAUCUUCGGAUUGAUCGCUGUGUACCAUCGCUCUCAUCCUGGUAUUCACCAUCCCCGGGUACCGAGCUUCAGCACGAACGUCUCCCAACCCCUCUCUCCUGCAACAUCCGAUUACAACAAGACCGUGACGACGGAGUUCAGCCGCUCUCCUGCAAACUUCUCCUUCCCGGGCCUCAUGAAGUUGCAGCUGGACACCGGCGAUAACUUCCUUCCUCUGCACUUCUCCAACAUUCACGGCUCCUUAUACGAUCUCGAGACCAGUGUUCAGGUAGCGAGUGGCGACACGGGCUCCUUGACGCUUCCUGCCAAAUCGCUUCCUGUCAUUGGGCUUAACCUCAACUUCACGUACUCGGCAGUGAACGACUCGGACACCACCUGGAACAACUGGUACGCCGCCUGCAAGAACAAGGCAAUUUAUACCGACAACAAGCGACCAGCCGUUCAAUUCCGACUCAUCCUUGAUAUGAAGAUUUCUGGACUCAUCGGCACACACAGCACGUCGACCCAAGUCACAGAGGCUGACUGCCCCAUCCAGCUUCCGUUGAACUCGGUCUGA